AUGGUCAGGAGUAUAUCAUAUAUCAUCGUCGGAAUCCUGUGUAACUUGGGAUGUGCAUUUCUGCUACAAAAUUGGAAUGCAGGGAACAAACUUAAAAACUUCUGUUACUUCACAAACUGGUCUCCUUCCUUGGCCAACUUUGAGGCCCGUUUUGACGUUGAAAAUAUCAACGCUACAUUAUGCAGCCACCUGAUUUACGCCUUUGCCAACAUUGACGUGGUAGAGCUCAAAAUCGUAAAAUCCGAAAUCGGGGACGAUAACGGCUCUCUGACAAACAAGCAAGGUCGAUAUUUCGAGUUCAACAAACUUAAAAUCCGCAAUUCGGAGUUGGUAACGCUGUUGUCCAUCAGCGGCACUAACGGCAAAGGAUGGUUCCAGGUGGUUGCGAGCGAAACCAGCAUGCAGACGUUCGCACAAAACGUGGCAAUCUUCUUGAGGGACCGCGAUUUCGACGGCAUUGACCUUGACUGGGAGUACCCGUUAGAGCUCUACAGGAACAAGUUCACACAGCUGCUUCAGGUGUUCCGACGACAGUUUGAGAACGAGGCGAUGCAGACCAGCAAACCGAGGCUCCUUAUCUCCAUCGCUGUCGGCGUCAGCGAGUACACAAUAUCCAAGUCAUACAACAUCCCGCAAAUCAGCAGUUACGUGGACUUCAUACAGGUGAUGGCGUACGACUUCCACGGUCCAUGGAGUCAGGUGACGAGCUUCUCAUCCCCACUCUACUCGCGAGGAUCCAACACCCGUUUCAACCAGCAAUACAGCCAGCAAUGGGCGAUAGAUCGGUGGAUAUCUGGCGGGGCUCCACGUAACAAGCUCGUGCUGGGACUGACCGGGAUCGCCACGACCUUCACCUUAGCCAAUAUAACGGACGCCGGGGUCGGGGCGGCAGUAGCGGGGCCGGGGAAGACCGGACCCUACCUGGGACACGAGGGGCACGCAACCUACUAUAGGGUAUGUGAGCUGAUUCGGAAUGGGGCCGUUUACCGUUUUGACGAGGAACAAAAGAUGUCGUAUGCCGUUCUGGAAGACCAGUGGGCUGGCUACCCCACGCCCAAGAGUAUGAAGGAAAAGGUUCGGUUUGCGCACAGUCGGGGCCUGGCGGGGACCAUGUUUUGGUCUCUUGAGGUGGACGACUUCAAGGGUACGUAUUGCAAUGCCGGCCAGUUCCCGCUCCUCACGGCCGUCUACGACACUAUUCAGGAAAUGGCGCCCUAUGCCGCCUCCGGUCAGUUGACAGUACGAACCACGGAAAGACCUCAAAUCACUACUGUUGACAUUGGACUGCAACACAAGACAAACAAAAACGGUAUUCAUUUCUACGAUAUGGUAGACUCUGCCCAGAUAUCCAGCCUUAAUUUUCUUUUACUUAUUUCUUGUAUGUGUGUGUACAACAUAUUCAGUUACGGACGUCAUUUUCGAUGAAACAGGAUCAACACAAACUUUUAACCAUGCGUUGCAUCCGAUUAUGUAGACUAUCAGACCUCGUCUGGGAAAAAAGAAAUCAGAAAG